AUGGAUUUUCCUGAAAAUGCCAGCGGCAUUCCUGUAGAGGAACUAGCCUUUCCAGAAAUUAUUGAACUAAACGUAGGGGGUCAGGUGUAUAUAACCCGCUACUCAACUUUAACAAGUGUGCCAGACUCACUACUGUGGAAGAUGUUCAGCCAAAAGAGCAGCAAGAACUUGGCUCGUGACACCAAAGGUCGUUUUUUCAUUGACAGAGAUGGCUUCCUUUUUCGUUAUAUUCUGGACUACAUGCGAGACCGGCAGCUCGUACUUCCAGAACAUUUCCCAGAGCAAGGGCGGCUGCAGCGAGAGGCAGAAUUCUUCAACCUCCCUGAACUUGUUCAAUUGUUGGCACCAAAGAUCAGUAAGCAGAACACUCUGGGUGAUGAUGGCUGUCAGACAGACCAAGAUGAGUCCUCGCCUUGCGCUAACAUUGCCUGCAAUCUGUCCUCUUUGGGUGCUUAUUCCAGCCUGGCAGCAGCUGAUGGCCAGUGCUCCGGAUUCAUCACGAUUGGCUGCAGGGGCUCCUAUACUCUUGGCCGUGAUUGUCAAACAGAUGCUAAGUUUCGAAGAGUGGCACGCAUUAUGGUGUGUGGGAAGACUUCCCUUGCCAAAGAGGUGUUUGGGGAAACGUUGAAUGAGAGUCAUGACCCUGAUCGCCAACCAGAUCGCUACACAUCACGCUAUUACCUAAAGUUUACUUCCUUGGAGCAGGCAUUUGACAGGCUAGCUGAUGCCGGAUUCCACAUGGUAGCCUGCAACUCCACAGGGACUUGUGCUUUUGCCCAUGUACAGACAGAUGACAAAAUCUGGACCAGCUACACUGAAUAUGUGUUCUACCGUGAGUGAUCAUAAACCUGUGUUCCUGAAUCUUCUCCCUGCCUCCCAGACCAAUGAUAACCUAUGAAUAUAGAAGUUUCUAGAUCACAUCUUCACCCCUUGACUAGACUUUCCCACAAA